AUGGUUGAUAACAAGUAAAACGUUGUUGCUGAAUUCAAGCUCGUCUUAGUUGGUGAUGGUGGUGUCGGUAAGACUACUUUCGUCACUAGACAUCAAACUGGUGAAUUCGAAAAGAGAUAUAUUGCCACCCAAGGUGUCAAUGUUUCCAACAUGGUCUUAUACACCACUAAGGGUCCCAUCAGAUUCAACAUUUGGGAUACUGCUGGUUAAGAAAAGCUCGGUGGUCUCCGUGAAGGUUACUACAUUGGUGCCAACGCCGCUAUCAUGAUGUUCGAUGUCACCUCCAGAAUUACUUAUAAAAAUAUUCCUAAGUGGCACAAGGAUUUGACCAGAAUCUGCGAAAAUAUUCCCAUCGUUUUGGUCGGUAACAAGGUUGACUCUAAGGACAGAAAGGUCAAGGCUAGACAAAUCACUUUCCACAGAAAGAGAUCCCUCUAAUAUUAUGAUGUCUCUGCUAAAUCUAACUAUUAAUACGAAAAGCCCUUCCUCUGGAUCCUCAGAAAGCUCACCGGUGAUCCCACCCUUAACCUCGUCGAAGGUAUCGCUCUUGUUGCUCCUGAUACUGAACACGUCAUGACUGAAGAUCAAAUCAAGCAAUUGGAAAUGGAACAAGCUGAAGCUAUGAACCUCGCCCAACAAGGUGUCCUUCCUGAUGAUGAAGAUGAUGAAUUCAACUGA